AUGUUCCGCGAGCGUGACUUCCUACGCCAUGUGCGUUUCAACGUCAAUGAGCUUGCACGCCGUGCGGCAGAUGUUGUUAGUGCAAAAACAUACAUGAACGUUGCAAAGUACCCAGAUAGUAUGUACAACAAAAGUAUGCUGUUAAUUAUAAAUAAUCGCUCUCGGGUAGUGGUCAAAGUUCCAAAUCCAAAUGCUGGUCUUCCUCAUUGGAUCACUGCGAGCGAGGUUGCGACGAUGGAUUUCGCCCUCAGAAUUCUUGAAAUACCUAUCCCCAAAGUGUUGGCCUGGUGUUUCCAGGCUCAUGAGGAUCCAGUUGGGUCAGAAUACAUCAUGAUGGAAGAUAAAGUCUGGACUUCGGUCGCUUUCACAAGAUAUGGAAGCUUGUAUUCUUCAAGAGACCUAGAAGAUACGCGCAGUAGCCAGCCACUCUACAUUGACGCAAAUGGUGGUAAUACAGCAGACAAAAGAUUUGCUAUUGACCCACAAGGGGAUUCACUGAAGGUGUAUCAUCGCGCCAUCGGACAACAUGAAAUAGCGUGUAUCAAUCAGCUUUCCGAAUUACCCAAAUCUCCGAUAACCCUAUGUGGCCCGGGAAUUUAUCAGCUAACGAAGGGAAAGAAGGUCAAGGCUUUACACUGCUACCUCGAUCUCAUAAAACAGCGUCUUCCAGAAGAUCAAACGAUAUCAAAGGCAGCUAACACGCUAUAUUUACAGCAACCGCUCUGUUCGUUGUACCACACUCUCAUAGAUCACCGAAUUUCUCGACUUUAUGCGGCGCUCCGGUUUCAGCAUACGGGAAAGUACUCGCUUCUAUUGUUGGCACGUAAUCUCCUCAUUGAUGGUGAGGCGCUUUACCUUGGCAAAAUCACAGAGCUUGAACAAACUUGGGAUGAGUUUUCAGGCAAAGAAGAUUCAAAUUACCUGUUUGCCUUCUCGAACAAGGAAAGAGAGGAGCUCAAGGCUGAUGCUGAAGGUGCAACACGAGGCAUAGUGAAGGCAGAUGAUUAUGAAGAAGUACUGGACGCCUUGUCACAGAUGAAGGAUCAGAUGAUUAGUGCAUUUGUCACCAACGCGAGGGGAAGGCAGGCUUGGGAAAAGGCCUGGCCGUUUGGGAACUAA